GCGGGGCGCUGGGUUCCCUUCAGCCUUCGGGAGCGGAGCCGAGAGCUGCGAGGAGGGCAGGAGGGACAGCCCGGGGGCUGCUGCUGCUGCAGGGAAUUCUCCUCCUGACUUCUUGUUUCCUUUCUCUCUCUCCCUUCAACGACUGCAGCGAGCGUUGAGCAGCAGGAGCUUGGCACCUCCCAAGAAAACUUCAGGAGUUGUUCCACUUUCAACGUCCUCGGUUACCACCGGGCCUGUCAGUGAAACCUGUGCUGGUGCAGCUGGGGCAGAGCUUACCUGAGGCCAUGGGCACUGUGCCCUGAGGACUGGCACGAGGUGGCUGUAGCCAUGACGGAGCCCCACAGGGUUUCGUUCACCACUCUCCAGGGUCCCCUGAGCAGCAGCUUCUUGAAGAGGUCUCGGAAGGAGGAUGCAGAGCAGCCCCAGGACUCUGAGCCAGCUGCCACAGCUGUUCGGAUCACGCUCACCCUCUUUGAGCCCGACCACAAACGUUGUCCAGAAUUUUUCUACCCGGAUCUUCUGAAGAGUUCUCGAGGGAAAGGAAAAGGUGGCUCUUCAGGAGACAAAAAGAAAGACCCCAUUGAUCCCUUUAAUGAUGAUGAAAAGGAAAGGCAUAAAGUGGAGGCUCUUGCAAGGAAGUUUGAAGAAAAAUAUGGAGGCAAGAAACGAAGGAAGGACCGAAUUCAGGACCUGAUUGAUAUGGGAUAUGGGUACGAUGAGUCCGACUCGUUCAUCGAUAACUCUGAAGCGUAUGAUGAGCUCGUUCCAGCCUCUCUUACCACCAAGUAUGGAGGGUUUUACAUCAACUCAGGAACUCUGCAGUUUCGGCAAGCGUCCGAGUCUGAAGAUGACUAUGUAAAAGAGAAGAAGAAGAAGUGUCCCAAGAAGCGGAAGUUGAAAGAUGGAGGUGAAAAACUGAAGAAGAAGAAGAAGGAUGAUUCUUAUGACAAAGAAAAGAAAUCCAAGAAGUCCAAGUUUCCAAAAGCUGGCUUCACAGCAUUAAAUGCAAGUAAGGAGAAGAAGAAGAAGAAAUACUCGGGUGCUCUCAGUGUCAAGGAGAUGCUGAAGAAGUUUCAGAAGGAGAAGGAUGCUCAGAAGAAAAAAGAUGACGAGCAGAAAGUGGCGACUCCUUCACCAGCAGAACCUGCAGCCCCGCGGGAGGCAGAGGCCACGCCUGACCCUUUGCUCUCCUUCUUUGGCCAUGCCAGUGACAACGACCUGCUCCAGGCAGCCACUGCCAUGGACUCCUUAACUGACCUGGAUCUGGAACGACUCCUCAGCGAAUCCCCCGAUGGGAGCCCCUUUCCUGAGGGGGAGGAUGGGAGCGACCCUGUUGGGAUGGGCUUGGAGCAGGAUCUCAAGCAGCCGCCGUCCCUCCCCGAAGGGCUGCCAGCCCCUUUGGAGAAACGCAUCAAAGAACUGGCUCAGGCUGCCAGAGCUGCAGAAGGAGAAGGCAGACAGAGGUUCUUCACUCAGGAUAUCAACAACAUCAUCUUGGACAUCGAGCUGCAGAGCCGGGAGCUGCAGAGCCAGGUGCGCUCAGGGCUGUUGGCCCACCUGGCUGCUUUCUUCCCGGGCAGGAAGGACACUCUGGCCAAGCGAGCCCGGAAGCUCCAUCUCCACGAGCAGGGUGGCCGCUUGAAGGAACCUCUGCAGAAGCUAAAGGAAGCCAUUGGAAGGGCCAUGCCAGAGCAGAUGGCCAAGUACCAGGAGGAAUGCCAGGCCCACACUCAGGCCAAGUUUGCCAAGAUGCUGGAAGAGGAAAAGGACAAAGACCAGCGAGAUCGGGUUUGUUCUGACGAUGAUGAGGAUGAAGAAAAGGGAGGGAAGCGCGUCACGGGACCACGAAAGAAGUUUCAAUGGAGUGAUGAGAUCAGGGAGCUGUUUUGCCACUUGGUGAAGAUUAAGUUGGAUGGUUAUGACCUUGACAAGAAUAAGGCUCAGUCUCUAGAGGACUAUGUGAAGACCUUCCUAGAAGGAGAGGUGAAGCCCCUUUGGCCAAAAGGCUGGAUGCAGGCCAGGGCGAAGAAGAAAGUUAUAGCUCCUACUAAGGUGAAAGUGAAGGAAUCUUCCUGCAAGCCGGAUAAAAAGGCCUCGGUUUCUGUUCCUUCCGUGCACUCAAGCAGCACCUUGGCUGUGUCUUCAGAGCCCCAGGGAGCAGCUCUGGGCAUCAGUGCCCAAACCAGAGAACUCUUGUCCCUUGGGACAGCCCAGGCAGCCAGCAGCACUGGUGCUCCUGCUACCUUCAUGGAUGACUCCUUGGAUGAGGAUUUGAUUCAUAAUCCCACUUCCUCCCUCGAAGCAGUCUCGAAGGAACUGGCUGUGCUGAACAGCAGAGCAGGAGGGAGCCCUGACUUUACUCUUCCUGGACCUCCAAAACCUCCACCAGAGAAGAUCCCACCUCUUGCAUCCUCAGAGGAGAAAAGGACAUUUCCAAAGUCCAACCCUUCCCCUACAUCAUCCUCUGGUUCCCUCCAGUCUCCUCUAAACUUCCUGGCUGAGCAGGCUCUGGCCUUGGGCCAGUCUUCUCAAGACAAAAAGACAGAGAACUCGAAUUACAAAGAGCUCUCCUGCCAAGCCUCCCCCAGCAAAAUCCUUCCUGAUGCACACCAGGCUAAACAGAAGCACCACAGCCUGGUCCGGCCAAGCCACGGGCCUCAGGCCUCCACCCCAGCACUGGGUUCUCAGGUGAAGGUCUUUCACUCAGGCAGCCAGCUCCAGAAAACUUUCACCUCCCCAGCUCCCUUUGUCAAACUGCAGAACCCCAAGUCCUCCUCCCCGCUGCCCCAGCGUUCCCUCCUCCAGCAGGUCAAGUCAUCAACCAAAGCUCAGAGCUUCCAUUCCUCCGCGUCGUCGGGCGGCGCCCAGAACUCCAGCAGCUCCCACAAGAGCCCGGGCUCGUCCUCAGCAUCUCUCAGCUACACAAGCAAGCACUCGAGUGGCUCCAGCUCUUCAGGACAAUCUUACAAAUCACCUUUUGUUUCUGGUUCCCUCUCCAAGCACGGGGCUUCAUCCAGCAGCUCCUCAUCUGGGGCUUCCACAAACCAGGGCUCCUCGGCGGCCGCGCUGCCCGGCGCCCAGACCCCUUCCUCGGGGCAGGCUUCCAGCCGCCCCUCCUCCAGCUCCUCGGUGAAGAAGACACCUGUCUCCCAGAAGCUGACUCUGGUGGCACCUCCUGGAGGUUCCAAUGGAGAUUCCAGUGGGGGCACACAAGGAGUGGCCAAGCUGCUGACCUCCUCCCUGAAGCCAGCUGUCGUUAGCAGCACCGCAUCUUCUACCUCUGCGCCGAAAGGAACUAGUGGAGCUGUGCUGCUAACGAGUUCUUCCUCCUUAAGUGUACUGGCUCCAUCCUACAAGUCCAGCAAUCCAAAGCUGCCCACUGCCCUGAGCUCCACCCCUUUAGGUAUUAUCUCUCCUAUUCAUUCCUUCCCUCUUCAUGUCAUCUCCUUCAGUUCAGACUCCUCCCCAAAAGCAGGAGUAUCAAAGGAUGCAAUAGUUACAGGACCUGCUCCAGGAACUUUCCACCAUGGCCUUGGCCACAGUCUUCUAGCAGGCUUGCACUCCAGCCCCCACCACGCAGCGCCACUCCCACACUCUGCCCUGCCCACUCAUUUACCGCAGAGUUUGCCAGAUGCUUCUCAGCUCCACAGCAAAGGGUCCAACGCGCAGCAGCGCAAGUUGUGACGUCUGCAAGGAGGGGAGCUAGAGCACACAUAGGAUGAACCAGGAGGAGCAGGAACUCUGGACACCAGCUGUGGCUUUGCUUUUUCUUUUCUCAUUUCCUCACGACAACUGGAGAGGCUGAACCACAACGAGGAGCUCCUUGGGGAGUUUGCUCAGAGGCUUUUGGAGCUCGGUCCCGCACCUUGGGCCGUGCCCUAAGGAGAGGAGCAUUUCGUAGCACUUGUUUUGUUGCUGCUGCUGCCACCCUUCAUGCAUUCCCUGGCACUGGCAGGGGCCAGAACUCACAGGAGACUCAGGUGGUUUGACUGUCUUGGCUUUUCCAUACCCACCUGUGUUUGCCCAGUACCUCCAAGUCCAGUUACCUCCCGGUGGAGGGUAUAAAAGGUGCUGGUGCUUCUUUCUCCUGCUUUGGAUUUACUUGGGUUAUUCAGGCACUGCCAGUGCUUUCUGAAGACAUUUGAGUGACUUUUCCAUUGUACUAUAAAACUGUGCUACAGUAAAGUGGAGGAUUUAACAUUUCCUGUGUGGUGAAUCUAACAAACCACCUGAUGUUCCCCUCUGGAGGAGAAGGAAGACUCUUUGGAGAGACAUUUUUAGAUGCAGUCAUUGACUCUGAAAGUUCUACUUCUUUUGGGGUUUGGAUUUUUUUUCCUCCUGCUCAGUUUUACCUUCAUUGCCAUCGAAUGCAUUGGAUUGAAUGGGACACUUCUCAGCAUGUCACAAGUAUAGGAAGACAUAAUUCCAGUGCCUUUUAUGGUGGAGCAAGAAUGGACUAGUGACACACAUUUCAGCCCUGUUUUGUGUGCUCCUCAACCCUUUUUUAAUCCUUCUGUAUUUAAAAUGUAUUCUGUUUUAUUUAAUAGAGCUUUUUAUGGUUGCACAUCAAAAAAAGAAAAAAAAAAAAAAGAAAAA